AUGGACUCCUCGUGGAUCCACGCCAUCGGGAUAUGCUUAAGCACCAUUGCUUCCGUUGUAGAGGCAGUUGGAAGCACACUGGUGAGGAAGAGCCACAUCAUUUAUUCAAAAUAUGAGAAGCUUCUCGAGGCGACCGAUUGCGAUAGCGCCAGCGAGGGUGAUGAAAGAGGGGGAGAAAAGGGGGAACAAAAAAGGAAAAGGAAAUACUCCUUUUUAAAUAUUUCGAUAAGAAGUCUACAACUCAGUGGACGCAUUUGCUACAGAAAAGGGAAGGUAAAAGAUAGUGAUGACGGGGUGUGCCAACUGAUUAAAAGGACCCCUUCGAGUGGUACCAAUGAGGGAAAAGGCGACGAUGGAGGGGAAGAAGAGGACCCACUAAGCAGCAGCCUCAUGGAAAAAUCAUUAAGCGUAAAUGUGACACACCCAGAUGGUAGCAAUUUCGACCAGGGCUAUUUUUCCCCAUAUGAUAAUUCCUCAGAAGGUGAAAAAAUAGGCCCUAGAAAAUUUUUCUACGCAAAAGGAACGAAUAACCCAAAGGAAGAGUACAAGGGGGAAGAAGACGCCACGGAGAACCAUCAAACGAAGUGGGCCCAAAAUUGUGAUGACUCAUUUACCGAAUGGCAGAACGAACCAUUGGACAUGCACUCGAUUAGUUGUCACCUCGGCGAGGAGAAGCAUCCACGUAGAUGGAGCAACUUUUCAGAAAGGGGCAUAAAUAAAAAAGUGAAAAGGAGGGAGAAGUUCUUGUGGUUCUCGAACAGGUCAACUUGUCGUGCGCUAGGGAAACACAAACGAAAUACUUUUUACACCCCGCUGUGCAAUGGGGAAAAAAGGAGAGAAUGGAAGAGGUUCCUCAUUUUAAAUGGUUACUGUAGGAAGAGUACAAGGGAGCAGAUGGGUGAGAGUAGGCAUUCUAUACGUGCUGAUUUCUCACCAAAGGGGGGAUUGCUUCAUUGGGGAAAGACUCCCCCUGCGGAAGAUGCAGCUGCGGGGUCUCCUCAUAACAACAACAUAAUAAUGAUGAGCAUUUCGCACAAACAUGAUUCUAAGCUUUUUAAAAGUGAAAGAUUCAAUGAGGGUUUUUCUGAUGGAGAUAAAAUGUAUUACUGUUCAUUUCGGUCCGAUCGGUACUUAGACAAGCUGAGUGGCGACACGCCGAGUUUGGAAAACGAAGAGGGGGUGCGUGCCGAGGCUUCGCUCACCAAAAAGCGGCGUGCAAACGGAAACGGGAGCGAACACGGGAGAGGUCGCGGACACGAAUUGGGGACGCCGGAGGAAAAGGAAAAACACAGCGACGAGGAAGAAAUUACGAGAUGCUCCACCCUCAAAAUGGAUCACGAAAAGAAUAGAAGUGCCUGCCUGGAGUCCACCCCCGAACAUUUCCCAUCAGAUGUAGAACGUGCUCACGCAAAUAUAAAAACAAGAAGCUACGUUUGCUUCUACCUAGGAAUAGCACUUACAAGUUUCAUAGCCCCUGCGCUGAAUAUAUUCAGUAAUGUAUUUCUGCCCAUGUCGAUGGUUGGCUUCGUUAGCGUCAGACUCAUGUGCUCAAUGCUGCUAGAACGAUUUGUCCUGAAGGAGCAGCAGUCAUUUUACUUAUACGUGGGUAUUCCUUUUUCUACCUUGGGCAUAGCCUUAAUCACUGUGUGCUCUGCGCAUGGCGCCACCUUCAACGAUUUAGACACCGUUUUGGCUUUAUUUUUAAAAGGUGAAUCGAUAACGUUGCUCAGUUGCGAGAUGUUCUUCGCCUUUGUGGUGGCACUUCUUUCGGUGAGCCACUUGGCUGCAGGCACCACUACACGAAUGGUUGCUGAAGAGCGAAGUGGUGUUCCCUCAGAAGGUCAACUCUUUAGCUCCAAAUUCAAUUCAAGUAUGCAGGGCCCGGAUAAUCAUCCAUGUAGGAAAAGAAGAGGCGGGAAUUUUUUUUUCUUUUUCUCCCCCGUCUCAUCAGGCAUUAUGGGAUCCCUGGCGACCAUAUUCUCCAAGGCGACUUUCAUCGGACUGGUUUCCGUGGUGCUAAACGAGGAAUUGACCUUACGUCAUUUUUUUUUCAAUUAUAAAGUAGCUCUCCUAAUUAUUCUGACCAUCAUUUGCUCCCUUGUGGAAAUUGUAUACACUCCCUUUUUGCUCAAGUAUUAUAAUCUCACGCAUGUAGUGUCCCUGAAGAGCUUUGGCAAUAUUUCCUUCAAUGCGGUCAACGGGAUGACCAUUUUUGACGAAAGACCCUCGUGUGUGUACGCCUGGACCUUCGGCUUCCUCCUAAUCCUCGUGGGCAUUAUAUUCCUUUCAUACAAAAAUGUCAUCCCAAAGGCGUUACGCCUCUUCAACCAGCACUGUCUCCGCAACACAUGA